AAUUAUUCAGUUAAUUACCAUUACGCUAUAAAUACACAAACAAAUCACCACAGCGAUCAUUUUGUGAUCUGCGGAGGUUGCAGAGUACACACUUUUUACUUUGUGCUAUGUCCCUCUAUGGAAGAGAACUUCCAAAUCCCUUGGAUCUGCUGAGCAGCAGGAAUGCUGGAGGGUUGCUGGAGCCUGGGUGGCUUGGGGCCAUUGGCCUGGAUGUUACCUGAGCUGAGGCUGGACAGGCUUCCACAGAGCGCCUGGAACACAGUCUGGCCGGUGUGUGGGCUGCAGUGCUAUUGUAACCUGUGCGUGUCACGCUUCAGAAUUGCAAAAACAAACCCACACCCACUUGUUGAUGCCUGAUAAUUCUAGUGAUGAGCAUGGAAGGGCAAAGUAUUUGUUUAAUUGGAAGAAUGUGGAUUGCCUGUUUGAGGGCUGCUGGCAAGGUAGAGUAGGAUGAGUAGCAUGAAUCUUCACAGCUGGGACUUGAUAAAACUAAUGAGAGGAAAAGGCAUGGACUAUAUUGACAAUUAAAUAUACAGGUUUGCAUAUUCUUCUGAUGACAGUCUGAAUCUGAGCUCUCUUCCUGUCUUUUUGACACCUCUGCAGUCUCUUGAUGAAAUAUGCAUUUGUGAAUUACGCAACUCUAUGUUUACUUAAUAUUAGUACUGAGGCAUAAAUAUGUCACUGUCUCUACUAAAAAUAUGUUUAAAAGUAGGGAAAAUUUUGAUUACAGGGUUUCUUUUCUGUUAAUUUUUCCUAGCCAGCCUAAACAUGUCCAGUAUUUACAUGCUGGUUUCUGCAAUCCCUUUGAAGCAGAGUCAGGAGCUCGCAUUGCAGUGCUGCAGAAUUUUUGAAUAGGAAGCCAGUGGUAUUAAUACCCCGUGCCCUCCAAACUCCCAUACUUCCCCCUUUUCUUUUGGGAGCAGGGAAGAGAAAAGUGAAUAUAGAGCUUAAACCUUUGCUGGCUGCUUUGCUUACAGUAUUCCAGGUGGGACGGUUUCCAGAAUGGAUGAUUUCCAGAUGGGAUUGUGCCCACCAGUUCUGACUGCUGUGGGCCUCCAGCUGAUGAUCAGGGUUUCAGUGGCAGUGUUUAUAUGUAAAGCACUUUGUGAUCGGUUCUAAAUUAUGCCUUUCAGUCUGUAGUUUUCAUCCUGUAAGGAUUUUGCCUGCAACUUCAUGAGGCCAGAAAAUACUAACAAGGGUAAAUUCUUCCAAGUCUUCAAGAGGAGAGAGUGUUGGCUUUUGUUAAACCUCUGUAGCUUUCUCAUUUGCCUACAGGAAUUACCAUGUCUGUGUAGAAGGCUUUGGCUCUGCCUUUAAGCUCUUGAAUGACGUUUCCUGCUUGGUAGGAGCAGUGUUAUGCUUUUACAUCAGCUGUAAAUGCUGAUGAGUUAUUAACGAUGAGACUUCAAGCCAAGCAUCUUGUGUUCCCUUUGCAGAACGGCAGCUGAAUGGAAUUUAAAGGGCCACAGAUGAAAGAAAGAACAUGAACAUUUCUGAAGGUGUGAGAUGUGUCUGGCUGUGACCUCCUUACCUCAGUAAUAAAGAAGAGUUUUUCUACAGGAGCUUAGGAUAUCUUUACUCCAGCUUCUUAAUAUACUAACUGGAAUGGUGCUCUGACAACAAUUCUCCAUAAUAAAGCACUUACCCUACUACAGAACAGUAUUUCUUUCUCUACUGAUAAUGUAACUCAAUGGCGGAAAAUAAUGUUUUGAUAAGCAUGCGUGAAGAUCGUUCCUUUCACGUGCGAUACAGGAUGGAGGCUUCCUGCCUGGAGCUGGCUCUGGAAGGCGAGCGUCUGUGCAAGGCAGGAGAUUGCCGCGCUGGAGUGUCUUUUUUUGAAGCAGCUGUUCAGGUUGGAACUGAAGAUCUCCGAACCCUGAGUGCUAUUUACAGCCAGCUGGGCAAUGCCUAUUUCUACCUGCAUGAAUAUGCAAAGGCCUUGGAAUACCAUCACCACGAUCUAACUCUUGCAAGGACAAUUGGAGAUCUACUGGGAGAAGCUAAAGCUAGUGGAAAUCUGGGCAACACCUUAAAGGUACUUGGGAAUUUUGAAGAAGCUAUCGUUUGCUGUCAGAGACAUCUGGAUAUUUCCAGAGAACUUAAUGAUAAGGUUGGAGAAGCAAGAGCACUGUAUAAUCUGGGAAAUGUGUAUCACUCUAAAGGGAAAAAUGUAGCUAAUGCUGGGACUCAUGAUCCAGGGGAACUUCCAGAUGAUGUGAAAAAUGCUUUACAAAAAGCUGCAAAGUAUUACGAGGAAAACCUGUCAAUAGUGACAGAGCUGGGUGACAGAGCAGCACAAGGGCGUGCCUUUGGAAAUCUGGGAAACACACACUAUCUUCUGGGCAACUUCAGGAGUGCAGUUUUAGCCCAUGAACAGCGUCUCCUAAUUGCAAAAGAAUUUGGUGAUAAAUCAGCAGAAAGAAGAGCAUACAGCAACCUUGGAAAUGCCUACAUAUUCCUGGGGGAAUUUGAAACUGCUGCUGAAUACUACAGGAGGACGCUGCAGCUGGCUCGGCAGCUGAAGGACAGAGCUGUGGAAGCACAGGCCUGCUACAGCCUGGGGAACACCUACACUCUGCUCCAGGAUUAUGAGAAAGCAAUUGAUUAUCAUCUCAAACACCUUGUGAUUGCUCAGGAACUACAGGACAAAAUUGGGGAAGGAAGAGCAUGCUGGAGUUUAGGGAAUGCUUAUACUGCUCUGGGAAAUCAUGACCAAGCCAUCCAUUUUGCAGAAAGGCACCUGGAGAUUUCAAGAGAGGUAGGAGACAGAAGUGGAGAACUCACUGCCAGACUUAAUCUCUCAGAUCUUCAAAUGGUUCUUGGAUUAAGCUACAGCACAAACAACUCCAUGAUGGCAGAAAGCCACGCGGUGGAAAACAGUUUGAAUGGUGGCAGACCAAGAGGACGCCGUUACAGUAUGGAAAACAUGGAACUUAUGAAGUUAACACCAGAAAAGAAAAGCAGUCGUGAGACAAUGGCAGACGAAGGGUUCUUUGAUCUGCUGAGUCGGUUCCAGAGUAACAGGAUGGAUGAUCAGCGGUGCUGCUUCCAGGAGAAAAACAGACUCUCAGCUGCUUCAGUGGCAACAUCCUCUACUCCACCUAAAACCAUGAUAAAAUCCUUUUCCACGUCCGUGGUGUCCCCGCACACGGACGAGUUCCUGGAGCUGCUGGCGAGCUCGCAGAGCCGCCGGCUCGAUGACCAGCGCGCCAGCUUCAGCGAGCUGCCCGGCCUGCGCCUGCGCCAGCGCAGCCAGCCUGUGCUGGGCCACCUCAUGGCCAGCAGCAACAGGGAGCUGGAUGACGACUUCUUCGAUAUACUCAUCAAAUGCCAGGGCUCCAGACUGGAUGAUCAAAGAUGUGCUCCUCCAGGAGCUGCCAAAGGCCCCACUGUACCAGAUGAGGAUUUUUUCAGCCUGAUUUUGCGCUCACAAGCCAAGAGAAUGGAUGAACAGAGAGUCCACUUGCCCUCAGCUAUAAAGGGACCCAGUUCCAGCUGAAGACCCCAGAGGCCUGUACUGUACAGCAGCAUCCUAGGGAUCAUUCUGGUUUGCUGAAAAGCACACUUGCCUUUUUUAGGAUGUCUACAUUAGCAGCUUUGUCUCCUCUCUCCUGAUUUUUCACAGAAAUAGCAGCAGCAUCACACUGGUGAGCAGUAGUUACAGAACUGCCCCUGCUCUUGCGUUUGGCAGCUGCUUUCAGAGCAGUGUCUGAAGUACUGGUACUGUCUCUCCUUAAUUGCCUCUAGUCUAUCAAAAUUAUGAUUUUUUUUCUCUAUCAGUUCUUUCAUUGCUCCUGAGUGGAUUCUACCACUGUUGCAAUCCAGUGUAAGACUUAAAUUUUUAUGUUCUUUCUAAAGAAAACUUGAUUUUUUCCCCCUGAUUUGUACCUCCUGACAAAAAGUUCUGUUUUCUUUUAUACUUUUUUAAAAAAUAAUAAUUUUAAAAAAAGGAGAAAUAGCUUCAGUCUUUAGUCUCUUUACAGAAACACAGUUUCAAAGAAACAAUUUCUAUAUAAAAAAAAUUAAACCCUAGCUUUAAUUCUGUUUAAUAAAAAAUAGUUUUUUCAAACAUGAUGGUUGUUUUGGUAAUAUUUAGUUAAUUGUUUCCUACAUUAAAUUCAGAACAGAAGUUUUCAAGAAGUACUUACUUUCAAGAAACAGCUGCUCAUGCUGCUCUACAGUUUGUGUUGUACGCACUGGGCACCAAUUCCCAUGGGCCUGGGCCAGUUCCUGCAGCACCCAAUUUCCAGUGUCACACACAGGAAAUGUACAGCUGUUGCUUCCUGUACCUGACCUCAGCUCCUCCCAUGCUCUGGCUAAGGACCAGCUGGGCUGGGGGAAUUCUGGGGAACACUGGGUAGCUCCUGGUCCUGGCCCUGUUCAGCUUUAAACUGCCUAAAAACCACCUGCAAAAACAUCAAGUUCUCAUUACACCACGAGGAAAUCCAUAAGCUGAUCUAAAACCAAGCUGGCAAGAAGCAAACUGAUUUUAAAGAACAUAAACCCAAAGACAGACCUGAGACAUCUGAGCUAGGAAUUAGUGUUACGGGAAUUACACAAAACUUACUACACAAACCCGAUUUCCAAAAAGCAGCAACACUCCAGAAGCCUGGGAUUUUUUGGGCACUUAAAGGUGUAUCAUCUUAACACCUUUAUUUCAGACUCCAGCCAUAGUGCAUGUACUCACUCUCCCAGAUUUUACAACCCCACCUAACAGCUUUCUGAUGUUCUCUCUUCCACACUUGAAAAUGAAAGUAGAAUUAGCAAGUACAUGACAAGUAAAGGUAAGACAAA